AGUGUCUAUGGGUUUGACUUUUUCGGCAACGAUGUGGUGCGCGGCUACGGCUCAGUACACAUACCCCCAGUGCCGGGCACUCACCGGAAACGGGUGCCAAUGUUUGCGCCCCAAUCGUCAUCGUUGGUCCACCGGUGGACGAGUUGGUUCAGCGGCCGUAAGCCCGAGUUCAUCGACCCGAAAGUGGUGGCCCAGUCCGAGGGCCGGGAAGUGAUCCGAGUCUCGUCCAACGGAUACGUCACUGUCGUGUUCAACGUUGUGCUCAAAGAUUUUCAUAAAUACGGGUUUACUGUCCAGUGA